AUGUGCCGGCCACGCCCGCCGCCCCCAGCAGACAACAAGCAGGCCGCCCCGGCAGCGGCACCCGCCGCCCCCGGCGCGAACGGCAAAGGCAAUGGCAAGGGAACACAAUUCAUCACCGGUCCUUGCUCGAGCGAUGCUGACUGUGCCUCUGACUGCUGUGGCUUUAACUCUGGCAAAUGUGCCGGCCCAGUCAUAGCCCAAGAACGUGACGGAGGUUGUGGAUUCGGUGAUGCCCAACCUAACGACCGUGCCGCUCGUGUUUUCCGUGGUCAAGCGCCCGCCGCCCCAGCAGCCAAAAAGCAGGCCGCCCCGGCAGCGGCACCCGCCGCCCCCGGCGCCAAAAACAAAGGCAAUGGCCAGGGAACACAAUUCAUCACUGGUCCUUGUGCGAGCGAUGCUGACUGCGCUUCUGGGUGCUGUGGAUUCAGAACUGGAAAGUGUGCUGGAGCGAUCGUUGCUCAGGAACGUGACGGUGGAUGCGGAUUCGGCGAUGCCCAGCCUAAUGAUCGCGCUGCUCGUAAGCUUCGUGGUCAGUAAGGAUGGUCACGUGGCUAACAUUGGAUAUGGGAAUGUAGUCUGAUAGUGGUUGAUGCAGCUAGCAUAGCUCAAGUAGCCCUUGUAGGUAGGUCUUAGGUUGGGUUGGGAAUAUAUAGGUGCGUGUACAUAGUUCAUGUUCACAUUUCAUAAUGGAGAGAUUUGUAUUUUCACAUUUGCUAGAAGCGCCCGCUAAUUCUGCUGGUAACAAAUAGACCAAUUUAUUAGAA